AAAAAGUAGGCUCUCGUGAAAUCAGAGUGGUCGUCUAGCCAUGCCUCUACAUGGUCUCGCUUCAUACCGUCCUCAAACCUCUUUUUACGCGUCUUGGACCGCGGGCUCCACAGCGGGGAGAAGAACCAGCCCAUGCCCCUCAUCAUCAGCGGCUUCGUCUCUUUCUCUCUGCGGGGGAACUCCUGUGUCAUCACAGCAGCUUCAAAUGAUGCCCUGGCAGGAGUCGCACUGUCAGACUCCAUGAACUCUAACAACUCAGAUUGCAGGCAGGGCAUCCCCUCGCUCAGGUAAAGCGAGAAAAGAUCCACCAAACUCAGUUUGAGGUUAUCGGAGUCAGUUCGGAGAAACACGUGCCAUGUGGAGGAGCCCAGACAGACUACAGCAGUGCGCCAGGGAGGAGAGUGUUGUAUACCCGACGAGCCCGUGGAAAAAAGCUUGCGUCAAGGUAAUCCCUGACCUUUUCUUAGUCCAUCUGGCGGCACAGGUAGGCUGCUAUUCGUUAUAUGAGACCGAUUUAAACUUCGUUAUACAAUGAAUGGACUGGGUCCAAAAUGUGAAUUUGCACCUUCGAGAAUGUGCUCAUAGAUCAGCCAGCCCCUUUCCAUUUUCUCCAGUGCAUUUGACCUCCUGAAGAAAGUUCCAGAUUUAUUUUGUUAUACCGAAAUUGUUGAUUUUGUUACGAUGAAACACAUCCUGUGAAAGACUGAGUACAAAAGUGUCAUUUUUUUUUUUUUAAAGUGGGCAGAUGUUCAGAUUUUCAGUGCAGGAGUGAGACAUUUUUGACUGGAGUAGCCAAACUAGGCACUGACCCGACUUUUAAAGGGGUGGCAGCAGGCAUGGUUAACAUUAGGGGUUUACCCCAAACAUAGUUGGAUUGUCUCCACUAAUCACAUUUACUUUAACUCACAAUAUGAAAUAAUUGUCCACAUUGAAAUGUAAAGUAGCCUGUUGAAACUCAACCCAAAUAGUUGAUUUCAAUAUUAAGUGCCACUGCCACCUCUGACAAGGCUAUAGCUAAUCAUGGUUUCGGUAGCAAAUCAAAUUUCAUCCCUGUCUUUUUGGUAAGACAGUGGUAGACACCUCACUUAUGAUUUUUAUUUUAACUUCUGACUUUCAAACCCUGUUAAGGACAUUUGUCACACAUACAGAUGAAAAGAGGCACAAUAAGCAUUUAAAGCUGAUAUACUAUCAAUAUGGAUAUAUAUAGCUUUGCUUACAUCUGACUUUUAUGAAGUACAUUUUUAUUAUGCAUAAUUUAUCCUAAAAUAAACCAGAGGCCUCCCUUGUAUAUUUUUCAACAUGUUUGUGAUUGCAGGACAUAAAAUAAAAAAAAAGGUCUGUAUUGUGUGAUGAUGAAGCUCUUAUGUUCAUUGGUGACCUUUCUUUCUCUCUUUCUCAAAAAAUACAAAACAGAAUAAAAACUAGUCAUGUAAACACAUUUAAAAACAACUAGAUUAAAAAAACACAAUAGAAGAGAUACAUCUUCCUGUAUUUACACUCUUAAGAAGAAGUGGUAGUAUUUGUCUUAACAGUGAAGAUUUGCUCCAUUGUUUGAUUUAAGUCUUUCCUUUACUGAGCACCCACAUUUUACCUGCAAAAUGUUCUGUGUUUAACAAACACACAAAUUAGUGUGUUACAGCACCCUUGGAGGAAAGGGGAAACGUCUUCAAGAAUUUCUACCAAGUGCAGUUGCCUCUUCAGAUCAAGCUUUGAAUUACCAUGACCUGGAUGAGAACCUUCACAAACAUACAGCACCCUCUGCUGGCCUCUCAUUUCCUCAUCAUCUGCAGUGGGUGGGCUCAUCGAUGACAGCUGUGCUGUGAUUGGCUCUUCCAGGAGGAGGCUGCCAUGACACAGUGGAUGCUGCACAGAAUCAGUUCCACAGCAUCAGCAGCCAGCGCACCUCCAUCCUCUUCGUUCUCCCUCUCUCCUUCUCUUUUUUCUCCUCCUUCUCACCACCAACACCACCACCACCACCCUCGCUCUCUCUUCUCUUUCUCCCUCCUCCUCCUCCUCUCCCUAGCGAAACACGGGGAGGAAUAGCAGCAGGAGCAGCACGAGCAGCAGGCUGACUGCCGUUCCAUCAACUCCUCCCUGCCUCACAUCUUCUACCUCAUCACCUUCAUCUUUGCUGCAUUUUUCUGUCCCCUCUCCCUACUUCCUUGUUUUCCUCUUUGUGUCCAUUCUCAUCUGCAUUUCUUCUCUACACCUUUCCACCUUCCUUCUUUCCAUCCUUCCGGCUGGCUGGUUUUCCCAGGAUGCCUUGUACCAGGCCGCUCCGCUAGGCCCGAGCAGCAUGGGCGGAGCCUGGGUGGGGAGAGAGAGCACGGAUUGGACCCUUCCCCUCAGGACGGGCGCGCUGGCGGGUCACCCUACCUCGGCUUCAGAUGGGCGAGGACGCUGAGAGCCCCAAAAUCAACCACACCUUCCUGCGAGACUACGUCACUGAAGCUGAUGUCAUCUCUACAGUGGAGUUCAACCAGACAGGGGACCUGCUGGCCACAGGGGAUAAAGGUGGCCGAGUGGUCAUCUUUCAGAGAGAGACUGAGUCUAAGGGGGACCCAGAGGAGGUGGUGGAGGCAGGUGACUCUGGGGAAUAUAAUGUCUACAGCACAUUCCAGAGCCAUGAGCCGGACUUUGACUACCUGAAAAGUCUAGAAAUCGAAGAAAAAAUCAACAAGAUCAGAUGGCUGUCUCAGCAGAAUGCAGCACACUUCCUCCUCUCCACCAAUGAUAAGACCAUUAAACUGUGGAAGGUGUGUGAGAGAGACAAGAGGCCAGAGGGAUACAACCUGAAAGAUGAGGAGGGACGGCUCAAGGACAUCUCUACCAUCACCUCUCUGCAGGUGCCAGUGCUGAAACCCACAGAUCUGAUGGUAGAGGUUCGACCCAGACGAGUUUUCUCCAAUGGCCACACGUACCAUGUCAACUCCAUCUCUGUCAACAGUGAUGGGGAGACCUACCUGUCUGCUGACGACCUUCGUGUCAAUAUGUGGCACCUCGACAUCACAGACCGCAGCUUCAAUAUCGUGGACAUCAAACCAGCCAACAUGGAGGAUCUGACGGAGGUGAUAACAGCAGCAGAGUUUCACCCCCACCACUGUCACUUAUUUGUGUACAGCAGCAGCAAGGGCACCCUGCGUCUCUGUGACAUGAGAGCAUCCGCACUCUGUGACAAACAUGCUAAACUGUUUGAGGAACCUGAAGAUCCAGGGAGUCGUUCCUUCUUCUCAGAGAUCAUUUCCUCUGUGUCGGACGUAAAGUUCAGCCAUAGCGGACGCUACUUGCUGACCCGAGACUACCUCACCGCAAAGGUGUGGGACCUGAACAUGGACAAGGGCCCUGUGGAGACAUACCAGGUCCAUGAAUACCUGAGGAGCAAGCUGUGUUCCCUCUAUGAAAACGACUGCAUCUUUGACAAGUUUGAGUGUGUUUGGAACAGCUCUGACAGCGUGAUCAUGACAGGAGCCUACAAUAGCUUCUUCCGGAUGUUUGAUAGGGAGACGGGGCGAGGCGUCACACUGGAGGCUUGGCGAGAAAGCAGCAAGCCCCGGGCCGUGCUUCGGACCCGGCGUGUGUACACCGGUGGUAAGCGUCGCCGCGGAGAUGUGGGUGUUGACAGUCUGGACUUCACCAAGAAGAUCCUGCACAUGGCUUGGCAUCCAGCUGAGAAUAUCAUCGCCAUAGCCGCCACAAACAACCUGUACAUCUUUCAGGACCGCGUCAACCCUGAAGGGCAGUGACAGUGAUGGAAAAGUGAAUGUGCACAAUGGCGGAGACAGUGCAGAGACAGCAACCCAAAUAAAUGGGGAUGUUUAAGGGAUGGAAUGGGGAUUGGACAGCCUUGGCAACAUGUUUUUUGUUGGUAUUAGAUUGGAUUGAUGAUAAAAACAAGAAUGUUAAUCUUUUUGAUCCCCAAGGAUGGUGUUAUAUAAGUUUUGUUCAACUCUGUGGUGAACUGACCUCUACAGCACCUACCAGGACAUUUUUUCUUCCCACUUCUCCCACUUUUUGAAGAUGUUUGUGUAACUGCCCCACUGUAGAGGCAGGACGUAGAGGUGCGGGGACACCUCUCCAUCUGCUAUGACUCAAUGCUAAUGACCACACAAUGUUGCACUCCUCCUCACUGAUCUGGCACCUUUUCACACAAAAUGGAAUUAAAGUGUUGGGUAGCAACAGAGAAAGUCCUUGACAUGACUAGAUGACAUAUUUCCGAUGACUUUGCCAGACAGUUCAUCUAAAUCCAAGCAUUUUUUCACUGUUGUGGAACAUUAGGAGUGAUGUUAUUGUACAGCUUUUCACAACAACAUCAUCAACCUUUGACUUUUUUUCCAUCCAUCAGCUGCCAACAGCAGCUGAUUCUCUCCUUUAGAGCAGUGCUCUUGGAGAAUUGCACGCAUAAAUGACCCCUGACCUUUGCCCCUAUUCACUUUGCAAUAACAGCACUAAGAAAACACAGUGCAGCCAUUUCCCUGCUUUGAAACAUUAGCUCUUCUUCUACUACAGGUAUACAUACACUCUUUUUACUGCUAGCUGUAAAUAUUAUGUGUUCUUUUUUUAUUGAGGUACCAAUUCCCAGAGAGCUGAAACGUGAUGGAUUUCUAGCUGGUACACUGCAAGUGAACACGAGAUCUCACAAAAUAAUGCUGUUAAAUCACACUAGUCUCAAUUCAAAUUCAUCUGAGGGUUUAUUUCUUGUUACAGUACAUAGAUAGGUACUGCUCGCUGUGGAAGAGGAGGAGUUAGUCAUCCACAAACCAACAUGUACUGAUUUGUUGUGUAUGUAUUUGGAUUUGAAUCAUUUGUACACACUCCUUUUUCUCUAAAGUCUGCAUACAUAUAUUGUGAAUUACUGAAUAGGACAACAGUGUGUUCAUGUUGACCUCUUAGAAAUGUCCAAAUUGUGGCUGUUUGUGGAUAUAAUCAAAUAUAGACAAUUAAAUUUACCUUAAGUGAUAUGCUAAUUCAACAAGAGCUGUGAUCAUUUUAUAAUGACACAAAGCACAUUGUAUGGAAGUAUACUACAAUCAGGAAAAGUUGGAAUUGAAGCACAUUGUUCAUAAAUGAGGCCCCUGGUUCA